AUGACAAGGCGGUUGAGCGGGAGUUGGAUCGCAGACGGCUCGGGGAGCGGUACGGAUGUGUCGGACGCGACGGUGGUGCUGCCGGCCUUGCUCGCCGGCGAUAAGGAGCGGGCGUGUAGGCCCAUCCCUGUCUUCUCCUUUUAUCUGACGAAGAAAGCCCAACUCAGCACGACGGGCGGAGAAGACGGGCACUAG